GUAAUUCCUCCUGUAACCCUGCCAACGCCCGUCAUUUUCCUUUUCUCUGGUUUAUUUGUUGGGAAAAUAGAGGACUCCUCGGUGGCACGCGUGGAAAUGAUGGACGACAACAAGGUCGGCGCAAUGACGAGAUUCGUGGAAGUGAUCGCGACCAUAGGGUCGUUUUUACUAGUGCUCGUUACGUUUCCUUUCUCGCUGUGCUUCACGUUCAAGGUUGUGCAGGAGUACGAAAGAGCCGUUGUAUUCAGAAUGGGAAGGUUGAAGAGCGGCGCUUACGGCCCAGGGACGUUUUUCGUGAUGCCAUGCGUGGACAACUGUGUGCGCGUCGACCUGAGGACGGUGUCGUUCGAUGUUCCACCGCAGGAAGUUCUCACCAAAGAUUCCGUCACGGUGAGUGUCGACGCGGUCAUCUACUACCGCAUAAAGGAGCCACUGAAUGCCGUAAUCAAGAUAGCCAAUUACAGUCACUCUACUCGAUUACUGGCGGCUAGUACACUGAGAACGGUACUCGGUACGAGGAACUUAGCGGAGAUCCUCUCGGAACGUGAAACCAUUUCCCACACCAUGCAGACGUCUCUGGACGAAGCUACGGAUCCUUGGGGUGUCAAGGUCGAACGCGUGGAGAUAAAGGACGUUCGACUUCCGGUGCAGCUGCAACGAGCCAUGGCCACGGAGGCGGAAGCCGCAAGGGAGGCACGGGCCAAAGUGAUCGCAGCGGAAGGAGAGAUGCUGGCUUCCCGUGCUCUGAAAGAGGCCAGUGAUGUCAUCUCCAUGAGUCCAGCUGCUCUUCAGCUACGAUAUCUACAAACACUGAGCAACAUAUCUGCGGAGAAGAAUUCGACCAUCAUCUUUCCCUUACCGGUCGAGUUUUUGGCUCCGUUCUUUACUAACAAUUUCCAUCCAAGCGCAAUUCAAGAAGCUGUUCGAACAUCGUCGGAGCAGUUAUGCUCGAAGCAGCUCAAGGUUCAGCCCGACAUCCACUCAAACGCAGACAAUAUCGACGUGUCAAAGUGAAGAGACGCGAAGGGUUGCAAGGCUGACGAAGGGCUGGAAGGAAACAAGCGUAUCAGCGGUGCGGCGAUCAACGACAAACGCCGGUUCGUUCGAGCUGCCUAAGCGAAACCGGAGAACAAAUAAACGGACGUUGGCAAUUUAUCCGUGGAAAGGCACGAUUAAUGUUUCAUCGGACAAAGACUCAGCUUCUCUGGGAUUUUUCGCGCAUACUAGCAGACACGAGCUCGCACGACCGAACGAUCUUUCUCUCGCGGGUCCGUCCACGUGCCGAGAAAUACUUCUUUAUCCAGAGCCGGCGUAUUCUCCACCUAUAAAAUAAUUUCUCGAAGGGAUAGUCUGGAAAUGGGUGAGUUAUGUUGUCUGGAGUUUUAUGUUCCCAGUUCCGAGCCUCUCUAGUUCUCCAACUUCACGGAUGGCAUCGAACGAGCGAGGAAACGUGACCGGAGGUCCGUGCACAGCCCGCGAACACAACGAACGACAGAAAACGAAUCGCGUUGCGCGUGUGUUUACCAGGACGUUCGAGCGGAACAACAACGAUCGAGCCAAUUAGAAGCUAGCAGCGAACCGUUGGUCGCUAAACACUGGCAGUUCUCCCGUGUUAGGAUCGUUCGUUACGCUCUGGUCCGGUUGCUCGCCAACCGGAUAAUCGACGCGGUGGUUCUCCGUCGCGAGUCUCGACGCGAUAAAUAUCGUCUUUUUAUUAAAAUCGUAGGUGGUCCCUGGACUACAAGAAAGCCAGUCUUUUCAGAAUAAAAUUAUCCCAGCUCCGCUAAUGCCGCUUGCGAAGAGGAUUAAAUGGGACCUACGGUUGAAACGGCAGGGUUCAAUGAACCAGAAAGGGUUUGCAGCUACGCGAAAAGUGCGACGUAAUCGUGUUUUAUGUAAUGGAACUGAACGCUAGUUUACUCCCACUUUGCCCGCAGAAAGAGAACUUUUUUUAUUUUUAUUUCGCCGAAAGUUUACUGCUCCCGCUGGUUCCAUUAAAAGCGCGGAACGAUCCGGAACGUAGAAAAAUCCUCGGGCUUUCGAACGCGUUACCUAUAAAUCUCCCAUAUAAAUAGUUUCGCCUGUCUAAACAACCGCCGAUAGAAACACCAAAGAUCUAGAAUUUCGUCGAACAUCGAGAAAAGGAAGCCGUAAACGAAGCCGUCGUCCCCUUAAAGGUACCGAGGAACCUGACCAGCGGAGAUUCCGCGACGGACGUAUUUUCCCCGCGGAAUCGAAAUUCUCGGCACGAACGCGUUCCAAGGGGGUGGAGAAUCAAGCGAGCUGCGAGUUCGGAAACGCAAGAAUCGAACGGACUCGAUUCCCUAUCGAUAAAGAAACGGAGAGAAGCAACGAUAGAAACAAUGGCAUACAACGAUGGAAGGAAGCGAGAGAAAGACCGGACGAUGCCACAUCGGAGGCAAAUUGCGGUUGUUUGGAAACAGAAACCCGGCCCAUAAAUAAGGGGAAGGAAAUCGCACGCGUGAUAGGUAACGCAUAGCCCCGGGAGCUUUGCUGCUCUUGAAAUAUCGUCCUGAGCGGUACGUCUGAACGAGGGUGUGGAUAUUAGGGAAAUCGCGUGACGCAGAACGGAAACCGGGCGAAGGGGACGAAAAACGCAGCGGUGUUUCAUAAAAAUGAAACUAAGGGGUUAAGGAAAAACCAGAAUGGGACGGUGUUACCGCCACCGGCUUUCAUUAUACAGCCUCUUAUAGUUGGCGUAACUCCCAUUGGUCGUAAAUAUGAAUUACGGCUGGCCGAAAUAGCUUGGCGCACCUUACUGUAUCCGCGUGCGAAAAAGGAAACCCUUUUCCCCGCAGCCGAACCACGAUAAUUUAUUCCGGCGAGGACCGUCCGAUGAAUGAAAAUGGCCGUCAACCUUUACCGAGCAGCCUUUUUCUCUGGCCAAUAACUGCCAACGGCAAGUUUCAGCAGUGACGAGGCAGAAAUUAAACGGGACACGAAGGCGAAACGGCUACAACGAUUUGAACCAACUCCAAAUCCUUCCUCCACGGUUCCCGGCGAACCUCGAACUUGUCUAUUUUCUUGAUCCGUCGUCGAAACUUGCCCCACGACCGGCUAUCCCUGCUAUUGGCCAGCUUUCACUGGCUUUCCCUCUUUACGAGCUAUAUCUGUCCCCCUCCCCGAUUUUCUCGUGUCCGUUAUUGAAAAAGCUGCAGCACGCUCUGAUUAAAUGAAAUUAAUCGAACGCUGUUAGCUUGUGAGAAAUAGAAAACUGACGAGUAAGUACGUUUCGUCGUGUUCACUGCGGCGGAAAAUAUCAUUGUGUCGAUAAAAAGAACACAGAGUAUCGUUUCGAAAUAUCGUAACGCGAUGUAUGAUGGCGUGUAAUAUUCAAUUUUUUUUUCUUUUGCGGACAUUGUUUAUGACAACUUUGAUAUUUAUGUGUAAUAAAAAUUAUUGGAUUUCUGAGA